AUGGUUCAAGAAAGAAUUGUGUUGGGCCACAAAAUCUCUGUGAGGGGGAUUGAAGUAGACAAAGCUAAGAUUGAUGUGAUUGACAAGCUACCUCCUCCAGUGAAUGCCAAGGGAGUAAGAAGCUUUUUAGGGCAUGUUGUGUUCUAUAGGCAGUUUAUAAAAGAUUUUUCAAAGAUUGUCAAACCACUCAGUAACUUGCUCAACAAGGACGCUGUGUUUUUAUUCGAUGAAAAGUGUUUGAAGGCAUUCAACACUUUAAAGACCAGUCUAGUGUCCGCUCCCAUCAUUACAACACCAGAUUGGAGCCAAGAAUUUGAGCUCAUGUGCGAUGCAAGUGAUUAUGUUGUAGGUGCUCUGAAUUAUGCCACCACAGAGAAAGAAAUACUUGCAAUUGUCUAUGCUCUGGAGAAAUUCAGAUCAUACUUAGUUGGAUCAAAAGUUAUUGUUUACACUGACCGUGCAACCAUUAAGUAUCUGUUGAAUAAAGCUGAUUCCAAGCCCAGAUUAAUUAGGUGGAUUUUAUUGCUUCAAGAAUUUGAUCUAGCUAUCCAAGACAAGAAAGGAUCUGAUAAUCUUGUAGCUGACCACUUGUCGAGGUUAGUCAAUGAGGAGGUGACUUUGAAGGAGCUAGAGAUAAGAGAUGAAUUUCCUAAUGAAUCACUCUUCAUGAUGAAUGAAAGGCCAUGGUUCACUGAUUUGGCCAAUUUUAAGGCAGUUGGAAUCAUUCCUAAGGAUUUAACUUGGCAGCAAAGGAAGAAAUUCUUGCAUGAUGCCCCAUUUUAUGUUUGGGAUGAUCCACAUCUAUUCAAGAUUGGUGCUGACAAUCUGUUGCGGAGGUGUGCAACAAAAGAAGAGGCGGGAAACAUACUGUGGCAUUGUCAUAAUUCACCAUGUGGAGGCCAUUACAGUGGAGACAAAACAACAGCCAAAGUCCUGCAAUCAGGAUUCUUUUGGCCAUCAAUUUUCAAAGAUGCUCAUGAACAUGCCACUCAAUGUGAUCAAUGUCAAAGAAUGGGAGGAAUUUCUAGAAGAAAUGAAAUGCCCUUGCAGAAUAUUAUGGAGGUGGAAGUCUUCGACUGCUGGGGAAUUGACUUUGUAGGUCCCCUCCCUCCAUCUUUCGGCAAUGAAUAUAUCCUUGUGGUUGUGGAUUAUGUCUCCAAGUGGGUUGAAGAAGUGGCUGCCCCAAAGAGCGAUGCUAAAACUAUAGUGAAGUUCUUGAAGAAGAAUAUUUUUGCUCGCUUUAGGGUGCCAAGGGUCCUAAUCAGUGAUGGGGGCUCUUACUUUUGCAACAACCAACUGGAACUAAAAAAGAUUUUGGAGAAGACUGUGGCUGCCACCCGAAAGGAUUGGUCAAGCAAGCUAGACGAUGCACUAUGGGCUUAUAGGACUGCCUUCAAGACCCCUAUAGGCCUGUCUCCGUUUCAAAUGGUUUAUGGCAAAGCUUGCCACUUACCAGUAGAAAUGGAGCAUAAAGCAUAUUGGGCUUUGAAGUUUUUAAAUUUUGAUGAGGCUCUAUCAGGGUAA